UCACUGUCCAUUGAUAAACACCGUCGAACACAUCCGAUAAUAAAUACGCCCAACUUCCCAUCAUUUUCCCGGGGUUUACUUCUCUUUCACUCUCUCCCUCACUUUCUCUCUCUUAUCACCCUAACCAAACCAAACCUUUGCUGCAAAACAUUCUUUCCUCUUCUCACAAAUCAUCUCACUCCUUUUCACAUUUUUGUUUCUGUAGUCUAUAGAUCAAAUUCAAUGCUCCAUUUCUCCAUAUUUAAGUUUUCUUCAAUCUAAUUUCUCCAUUUUUUUCGUUUUUUGUUGUUUUGAAAUGGAAAUCGCACAGGCUAAAACACUUCCUAGUCCUAUGACCUUCGAUGAAGCUUCCAUGGAGCGUAGUAAAAGCUUCGUCAAAGCUUUGCAGGAACUCAAGAAUUUGAGACCCCAGCUUUACUCUGCUGCUGAAUAUUGCGAGAAGUCUUAUCUUCAUAGUGAGCAGAAACAAAUGGUAUUAGACAACCUAAAAGAUUAUGCUGUACGUGCCCUUGUCAAUGCAGUUGACCACCUAGGCACUGUUGCCUACAAAUUGACUGACCUUGUUGAGCAACAGACUUUGGAUGUGUCGACCACGGAGCUAAAAGUUUCAUGCCUAAAUCAGAAACUUCUCACGUGUCAUACGUACAUGGAGAUGGAAGGUCUUAGGCAGCAGCAACUUCUGGCAAUUAUUCCAAGACAUCACAAGCGCUACAUAUUGCCUAAUUCUGUCAACAAGAAAGUGCACUUCAGUCCUGCUGCACAGACAGAUCUUAGGCAAAUGCAUGUUCAAGCAAGGCCACGUGUUCAUCCUCCAGGCUCACCGGGAUCAAGGACUCUUUCAUGGCACCUAGGUUCUGUAUCGAAGUCUCCAUUAAAUGGGAAUCAUAAAACUGUUUUCAGUGGCUCUGAAGUCCAAAGGAUUUCUCCUAGAUCUCCUGCAGUAUUCCAGCUCCUAGAUAAUGAGGAUAGUUUUCAGGCCAAGUCAUCAGGUAUCAACACACACUUGUCGAGAGGGAAUCCAGUUGGUACUUCUUUGCAGCCAUAUGGUGCUAAACCUAAGGAUUCUGCGACAGACUCCAAGGUAAUGACACCAUUCAGGUCUUUUGACAACUCUCGGCAUACGCAAGCAAUCGUUAAGGCCCCUGUUCGCCACAAAAGCAUGUUAUCAGCUUUCUUUGUCAAACAAAAAACUCCAAAGCUCAGGACUGGUAAAGUGGCUUAGCUUUCAACCCUAGCAAUUUUCUGAUCGCCAACUUUCUCGGACAUAAAGGAGCUUCUUUGUGUUGCUAUCUCUGAUACUAGAAGUACAUCACCCUUGAUUCUAUAUACUCAAACCUGAUGGAGGCUCUCAUUUGGCUCGCCUUUUCUCUGAAAUCUGAAACCUAAUAGAAAAAGGAGUCUCUUUCGGUUCUUACCAAUUAGUUUGUCUACUAAUAGAUGGAAGACAUUGUCAACAUUGAUCUCGUUGUAAAAAAUUAGUUUGUCUACUAAUAGAUGGAAGUAUUAUUUUGCUUGUAAAUCUAAUAAUGUGAGUCUCUUCUUCAAAUAAAAUUGUACAUUUUGGAGCGGUGUUGGGGGCUCAUUAGUAUCCAUGAAUUUGCAGAUUGAGUUGUUGAAGUUUAGUUUGUUAUUUUGGUACUUGGGAGUAAAAAUUUGAUGCAUUACAUGCUUCCUUA